GCGUUGAAAGGGAAGGACAUCAUCGUUGGUGGUACUUUGCAUGCAUAUAUCAUUCAAACAGGGGCACGGUUCGCUGUGCUGUAGUCGAAAGUGCCAAGGCUCUUCGUUUUCGCUUGUCGACUUGGCGCGCUGUGGUGUUGUGUGUGUGUGUCUGUUAUCGAAGGGUGGGCUGAAGCUUGGCGCGCGGCGCUGCUAUUUUCGCGCUGGAAUCGCAGGUAAGCAAGAACGGUUGCAGUCUGUCGUAUCUGUCUAGAUUGUCGUAUCUGCCUUCUCGCUUGCUGCGCGCCGAUUGAUGAGGGAGAGCAUGAAGUGGCAUCAUCAUCCUCAUCCUCAUCCUCAUCCACCUCCUCCUUACUCUCCUUCUCCGGAGAAGGAGAAUAAGGAGGAGGUGGAUGAUGAUGAUGAUGAUGAUGAUGAUGAUGAUGAGGAGGAGGAGGAGGAGGAAAAGGAAGGCGAGGAGGAGGAGGAGGAGGGAGAGGAGGAGGAGGAGGAGGGAGGAGAGGAGGAGGGAGAGGAGGGGGGGCAGGAGAAGCAUGAUAAGGGCGUGUUUGUGGAGAGGGCCCCUAGUAGUGCGCCAUACCCAUUACCUGCGGAGGUGGAGGAAGAUGGAGGUCAUGGCUAUGGUGGACCUCUUGUUGUGCUGGCAAACUUCUCGCUGGCUACCAUAGCUCAACCCAGCGCCAUCACGAUGGAUGGCAUGAUGUUGCCGACCGUCCGUCCGCCGUUGUUCGCCGUAGAUCCACGGCGGAAGCCGCUCCACGAUCUCAUCAUCAAGAUCGCAGUGUUGGUGAUGGCGCUCGGUGGCGCCCUUUUGUUAUUAUCCUUUAUACAAGAAAGGAAGACCGAGGGUAUCCGUAAGAGCCACGAAAAAAUGGGCGAUAUGAAGGACGCGUCAUUGCCUUACGCCGGGGCGGGAUACCCAAUCUCUCAUCAGGGUCAGGGCGCGGAAGAAGGCGACGGUCUCGACGGUGGGGAUAGCGGCCCGUAUCCCGACCCUACCCUCGUUGUACUCGAGGAGGUCAAGUACGCGGGAUCCGGAUGCGGACCUGGCGCUGUGAAAGGGGUCUUGUCGAAAGACGCAAAAUCUCUCUCUCCCAUCCCGGACGAUAGCGAUGUGAAGAUCAUUGCCAAGUCGGGACCCGGCGCUUCUCUCUCCGACUCACGGAAGAACUGUCAUUACAGCGUAGUCAUGACUUACCCUGCUGGAUGGAGCUAUGCCCUCGCCUCUGCGGAGUUGGAGGGGUCGAUCGACCUAGAUGGUGGGGCGACCGGGAUUGAGGACGUGUACUACUACUUUCAGGGUGUAGGGAAGAACUGUGCCGUUCCGGAGAUCUCAAUCGACGGUCCUAAGAAGGAGAGGUUCCAGACGGGCAAUAGGACUUUCGAGGAGCCGCUUUGUUGGUCUCCGUGCAGCAACGAGAGGAGCCUUCAGAUCAACGUGGCCGCACGUGUGCGAGGGCGUGGGGUUCGGGGCGUGCUGUCCAUCGAGAAGCAGAAGUUCUUCUUGAAGUGGAGACAGUGCUCCGCCCGAUGAUGAUGAGACUGCUGGUUAAGGGAGCAGCGGAUCGCGAAGCUCUCAUCAUUUUGUUGCUAUGCCUUGAUUUGAUAGGGAGUGCGUUUCGACCUUGUCGCCGAGGAUUGAGCGGCGAUAUGAGUGUGGGAAUCUACCAAACAGUUUGGGAAAAAUCUCAAACAGUCGUGCAUCAAUCAAAGGCUCGAUCGGUUCCUUUUUUUAAGGAGAAUAUUGCGCUGCGCGCCAUUCUUCCGCACUUCCUCCUCGUACGGACACUUCCUCCUCGUACGGUUUGUAAGACGAUCGACGGUUCAAUUCUCUUUGCCUCCUGUUUGUGUUAAAUCAGGGGUGUGCGUAUAUCGUCGGGAUACGAAAGCGGCGGUCGGCUGUAGAAGGGAAAUGAAAAUGAACGACAUGAAAAAAAUGGAAUAUAUGAUUAGGGAGUCCGACCGACUUGUAGAGACUCUGAGGCGUUUUCUUAUUUCUUACUGUAUUUCGUUUCUUUUUUCUGAAGUGUUUCCGCAGUCUCCGAUGAUUUUCACACAGUGUCACACAGUUUCACACAGUGUCACACAGUGUCACAUAGUUUCUAAUUGACGCCGCACAGUUUCACACAGUGUCACACAGUGUCAAAUUGACGCCGCGUUCGAAAUCCGUUCGUGCACGUGACGUGCGUGUGCCGCCAUUCAUUUAUUAUCGCUUAUCGCUUUUUUCGUGCCGAGGCGUGGGGCGGGCACGAAAAAAGACGACCAAGCGGCAGAGGUCUCGGAGAGAGGCGUACAACCUGAGGGUACUAGAUGAUGUGUUCAGUGGAAAAACCGCCUGAUGCGGCGAGCUUCAAAAUGGUUCCUUUAAAAAAAAAAAAAAAAAAAAAAAGGUUCCUGCUACCCAGUGUUUUUCUGUUUGCCUUUUCUCGUCUUUUUUUUUUUUUUUUUUUUUUUUUUAAUCUCCGCGGACUGUAGGAGUGGCAGGCACGCAUUUCCUUCCCCCCCCCUCCUCCUCCUCUCACCCCCCCCUUUGCGACUACUGCUUUUCGAUCUCGAGGUCCAGCAGGUACCUCAGGAGUGUCCUUGUCAAUCGGUCAGGGAAGUGAUGGUGUGCUGGGGUUGAUCCGACGGUGGUGCUGGGUUUGAUCCAACGGUGUCAGAGUCGGUUUGACUGCGCGAGGAUCUUGUUUGUCGAAUGAGGCUUUUCCGUUGCCUGCCGAGCAAGAGAUGCGGCAGAAGUGAAGUGAAUUGGAUGCCGAUGGAGAUCUGGAAUCAAAUGAGGCGCGGGCGGUGCUCUGGAAGAAAUAGUGGUAAAGCGUGCAACGCGUCGCGUCAUUGGGUGGGUGAGAUGAGGUUGUGAGGGAAGGGAGGAAGAAGGACGCGUUUGUGUGAUCGGCGGGGGAUCGUAAUAGAUCGGAGAAGGACUCAUUGAGGACUCAUUGAGGACUCAUAGGACUCAUAGAAGACGCAUAGGAGUCGUCGAGUCGUCGUCGGAACGGAGGAAGGAUGCUUUAUGAAGUGGUCGUGAUAUGUCUGACGGAAUGGCGAUCGGGUUGAUAUGAUCGUGGUAGAGGGAAGUCAGUGAUACUUGUACAGCCAUUAUUAUUAUUGGAAGGGGGGAGCUCAUGUUUUGAGGGCUAUACUAUGAACUUGGACGAAAAGAAAAGAAAAGAAAAGAAAAGGAAAAAGAGCCUCUUUAUCUUUUUUUUCUUUUUUUUUUCUUUUCUUUUCUUUUCGUGCAAAUGUUAUAAGAAUAGCGGAAUAUAUAUAUUUGUCAGACAAGGAAAUAAAAAGGACUUAUAUAC